UCAUCUGCCUACAAAUAGAUUUGUAACAAGGACACAAUGUGGCUGCUGGGGUUACUUUGUGUACAUACACCUUUGCCUGAAAGGAAAGACAGGAGUAAGGACCAGAGUUUACCUUGCAGUUGUUUUAAUAGCAUUUAUGAAGGAUUUCAUCUUAAAAGCAGAACUAUGACCCAAGGCAGUUUUUCUGCUAUGCCAUGCAGGCUGGCAGGCAGUAGGUGACAUAUUCAUUGCUUUAGCAGGUGCAUUGCCUUUGCUGACCCCUUUCUUUUACUUCAGGUUUUGGGUAAAAUUAAUACAUCGCACAUAGUCUGUGACACAACAGACAGUUAUAUGUGAAAAAACUGCAUGAUUUAGUUUUUUGUCUGUUCUCAUGAAUUCUUCAUUAUUUUUGUGGCUGGAAUAAGAUCAUUUAUUGAAUUUUUUUCAGGUCCUCAAAGAGGGGCAAGUGUAUCCUGAGAUUUUCUCAUCACGGUUAUAGGACCUUAGAAAGUUUUUCAAAAUGUUUCGUAAAUCUCAAAAAUCUGUGGGUUUUAUUAUUAUUACUAUUGUUAUUAUUAUUAUUAUCAUACUUGCAAACAUGGAAUACCUGAAAGCUGUAAGGACAUUUAAUUAUAGUGGUUUUACUUCACUUACACAGUUGUCUCCUAGUUAAUUUUUAUACCAUUAGUCAUUACAAGAAAGAUAAACUGUUUUUAGUUCAUUCUAAUACUCACUUGCAAGACCUAAUGGCUCUAACUAGAGCUUACUUUUUUACUGGUGUAUUUUUUAAUAUAGUAUUAGAAAAUAAAACAGAACCCCUGAUUGCACCCAAUUUUGAUUAAGUUUAAAUGGAAGAAAAGAAGAGGUCAUUGGAGAUUAUUCUUUGUUUUAAGGAAUGGUUUGAAGGGGCUUUUAAAAACGACCUAUUCCACAACUUUGUCUUGGCUUUGAUUUGCUCCGAAGUUAAUAGAGAAUUAGAAACUUUGCCCUGAUACUUAUGGAUUUCUUUCUCUGACAUUUUUGGAUUCUGUGACAGACCUUAGGUAUGAAACAUGUUUGUCAGUCAGUGUAAUGUCUUUCUGGCUCUUUUUUGUAACCUUGUAUGAAUUCUUCUUGAGAGACAGAACAGUUUUGACAAAUGACUACAAAUGAAAAACUUUGGCAAAUGUCUGUAAGAAUAUACUAUAUAAUUUUUGCAAGCCAGAAAGUGUCAUAGACAUCCGGUGUUCAUGAUACUUUUAAUGCAAGUGUGCAUAUAAAUGUAUUGUUCCCUGAAAAGUGUUGUUGCUACAGUUUUUUCUCAGUACCUGGCAUCAGGUGUUUUUUUUCCAUAUAAUUUGUUGGUAGUUAUAGUGGAAGAGAAAGCAGAUUGGAAUUUACCUUCCAAGCUUCAACUUCCAUAAAAUGUCAGAACUAGGUGAUUCCACAACUCCUUUAAGAACUGAAAACAUCUGCAAAAUUAAAAGCAAAUCUAAAUGUAUGCAAGAUUGUAUUUGAACAUGUUGAUAAUAAGUGUGCCGUCCCUGUAAUUUAGAUAGUAAAGCACUGAUGUCAUAAUCAUAAUAACACUUUGCAUUUGUACAGCACUUUACAAUUUGCACAAUGCCUUAACACGCACCUCUCUGAGCCUCUGUCACCCCCCUCACCCCACCCUGGCCCCAUUGGGGUAAUUACCCACAUUGGAAGGUGAGGCUCAGCAUGGUUCUACAGUUGGCCCAGAACCCCUGAGUGAGUAGACUUUCAGGGGCCAGGCUGUUCUCCUGCAAGCCCCCGAGCGUUUGCCUUACUACCCAGGAGCCCGCAUUGGCCUUAAAACUGUUGACACGUCCAUCGCUGUUAGUCCUGUGUAUGAACCCAAUGGCUGAGUGGCACAAACUGUCCUUUGAGAUGUCAGUUGUACGUCCAUGGCUUUGGUCAGUGCCAACCUUUCUCCCUGGCUUUUUGUGCAUUUCUAGGUAUUUUCUGUGUGUUUCUGCAGUUUUUAUUCCUUUCCCACUUUUCCUCUUGUAUUUUUUUAAAGACUUAUUUAUGUACUUGAAAGGCAGAAUUACAAAGAGGCAGAGGGAGAAGUCUUCCAUCUGCUGGUUCAUUCCCCAAAUGGCCACAAUGGCCAGAGCUGGGCUGAUCCAAAGCCAGAAGCCAGGAGCUUCGUCUGGGCCUCCCACAUGGGUGCAGGAACCCAAGGACUUAGGCCACCUUCUACUGCUUUCCCAGGCCAUAGCAGAGAGCUGGAUCAGAGUGGAGCAGCUGGGACUCGAACUGGCGCCCAUAUGGGAUGCUGGCACUGCAGGCAGCGGCUUUACCCACUACACCACAGCACUGGCCCUGUGAGUUUGCCAGGGCACAAGCAACAAGCUGACCCAGCUGGGCCCUUUUGAGGACCACUUCCUGAGCCUGCAGAGGAUGUUCAACAGCUGUGAGGUGGUGCUGGGGAACCUGGAGAUCACCUACGUGCAGAGGAACCACGACCUCUCCUUCUUAAAGACCAUCCAGGAGGUGGCUGGCUACGUGCUCAUUGCCCUCAACACCGUGGAGAGCAUCCCUUUGGAGAGCCUGCAAAUCAUCCGAGGAAACGUGCUGUAUGAGAACACCUACGCCUUAGCCGUUCUGUCCAACUACGGAGCCAACAAGACCGGGCUGAGGGAGCUGCCCAUGCGGAACUUGCAGGAAAUCCUUCAUGGAGCUGUGCGAUUCAGCAACAACCCUGUCCUGUGCAAUGUGGAGACCAUCCAGUGGCGGGACAUUGUUCACGGUGACUUUCUGAGCAACAUGUCUCUGGACAUGCAGAACCCCCUGGGCAGCUGCCAGAAGUGUGACCCAAGCUGUCCCAAUGGAAGCUGCUGGGGCGCAGGCGGCGAGAACUGCCAGAGACUGACCAAAAUCAUCUGCGCCCAGCAGUGCUCUGGACGCUGCCGCGGCAAGUCCCCCAGCGACUGCUGCCACAACCAGUGUGCUGCUGGCUGCACAGGCCCACGGGAGAGCGACUGCUUGGUCUGCCGAAAAUUCAGAGAUGAAGCCACAUGCAAGGACACCUGCCCACCUCUCAUGCUGUACAACCCCACCACAUAUCAGAUGGAUGUCAACCCCGAGGGCAAAUACAGCUUUGGUGCCACCUGUGUCAAGAAAUGUCCCCGUAACUACGUGGUGACAGAUCAUGGCUCCUGUGUCCGGGCCUGUGGUCCUGACAGCUACGAGGUGGAGGAAGAUGGCGUCCGCAAGUGUAAGAAGUGCGAGGGGCCUUGUCGCAAAGUUUGUAAUGGGAUAGGAAUUGGUGAAUUUAAAGACACGUUGUCCAUAAAUGCCACAAACAUCAAACACUUCAAAAACUGCACGUCCAUCAGUGGUGAUCUGCACAUCCUGCCGGUGGCAUUCAGGGGGGAUUCCUUCACCCGCACCCCGCCCCUGGACCCCGAGGAGCUGGACAUCCUGAAAACCGUGCGGGAGAUCACAGGGUUUCUACUGAUUCAGGCGUGGCCAGAAAACAAGACUGACCUCCAUGCCUUUGAGAACCUAGAAAUCAUCCGUGGCAGGACAAAGCAGCAUGGUCAGUUUUCUCUUGCGGUUGUCGGCCUGGACAUAACAUCCCUGGGACUGCGCUCCCUCCAAGAGAUUAGCGAUGGAGACGUGAUCGUUUCAGGAAACCGAGACCUGUGCUAUGCAAACACAAUAAACUGGAAAAAGCUUUUUGGAACCUCCAGCCAGAAAACCAAAAUUAUCAACAACCGGGGAGACAAGGACUGCAAGGCCGCUGGCCACGUCUGUGACCCGCUGUGCUCAUCGGAGGGCUGCUGGGGCCCCGAGCCCAGGGACUGUGUCUCCUGCCGGAAUGUCAGCCGUGGCAAGGAGUGUGUGGAGAGGUGCAACGUUCUGGAGGGUGAGCCCAGGGAGUUUGUGGAGAACUCUGAGUGCAUUCAGUGCCAUCCGGAAUGUCUGCCCCAGGCCAUGAACAUCACCUGCACAGGACGGGGUCCAGAUAACUGCAUCAAGUGUGCACACUUCAUCGAUGGCCCUCACUGCGUCAAGACCUGCCCAGCAGGAGUCAUGGGGGAAAACGACACCCUGGUCUGGAAGUUUGCCGACGCUGGACGCAUCUGCCGCCUGUGCCACCCAAACUGCACCUAUGGCUGUGCUGGGCCAGGUCUCGAAGGCUGUGCAACAAAUGGGCCCAAAAUCCCCUCCAUCGCCACGGGGGUCGUGGGCGGCCUCUUCCUGCUGGUGGUGCUGGGCCUCGGCAUCGGCCUCUUCAUGCGCAGGCGCCACAUUGUCCGGAAGCGCACAUUGCGCCGACUGCUGCAGGAGAGAGAGCUCGUGGAGCCUCUUACACCCAGUGGGGAGGCCCCCAACCAAGCCCUCCUGAGGAUUUUAAAGGAAACAGAAUUCAAGAAGCUCAAAGUCCUGGGCUCUGGAGCGUUUGGCACCGUGUAUAAGGGACUCUGGAUUCCAGAAGGCGAGAAAGUUAAAAUCCCUGUGGCCAUCAAGGAGUUAAGAGAAGCCACGUCUCCAAAGGCCAACAAGGAGAUCCUGGAUGAGGCCUACGUGAUGGCCAGCGUGGACAACCCCCAUGUGUGUCGCCUCCUGGGCAUCUGCCUGACCUCCACUGUGCAGCUCGUCACACAGCUCAUGCCCUUCGGUUGCCUGCUGGACUACGUCCGAGAGCACAAAGACAACAUCGGCUCCCAGCACCUGCUCAACUGGUGUGUGCAGAUUGCAAAGGGCAUGAACUACCUGGAGGACCGGCGUCUGGUGCACCGCGACCUGGCUGCCAGGAAUGUGCUGGUAAAGACACCGCAACACGUCAAGAUCACAGAUUUUGGGCUGGCCAAGCUGCUCGGUGCAGAGGAGAAAGAAUACCAUGCAGAGGGGGGCAAGGUCCCCAUCAAGUGGAUGGCUUUGGAAUCGAUUUUACACCGGAUUUACACCCACCAGAGUGAUGUCUGGAGCUACGGAGUCACCGUUUGGGAGUUGAUGACCUUUGGGUCCAAGCCUUACGACGGAAUCCCUGCCAGUGAGAUCGCGUCUGUGCUGGAGAAAGGAGAACGACUUCCACAGCCCCCCAUCUGCACUAUUGACGUCUACAUGAUCAUGGUCAAGUGCUGGAUGAUAGAUGCUGACAGUCGCCCAAAGUUCCGGGAGUUGAUUGUGGAAUUUUCCAAAAUGGCCCGAGACCCUCAGCGUUACCUUGUCAUUCAGGGGGAUGAGCGGAUGCAUUUGCCAAGCCCUACAGAUUCCAAUUUUUACCGUGCCCUGAUGGACGAAGAAGACAUGGGCGACGUCAUAGAUGCUGACGAGUACCUCAUUCCUCAGCAGGGCUUCUUCAACAGCCCCUCCACAUCACGGACGCCGCUCUUAAGCUCUCUGAGUGCGACCAGCAACAGUUCCACCAUGGCUUGUGUGGAUAGGAACGGGCAGAGCUAUCCUGUCAAGGAAGACAGCCUCCUGCAGCGGUACAGCUCAGACCCCACUGGUGGCGUGACUGAGGACAGCAUGGAUGACACGUUUCUCCCAGUGCCUGAAUACAUAAACCAGUACAUUCCCAAGAGGCCUGCAGGCUCUGUGCAGAACCCUGUCUACCAUAACCAGCCUCUGCACCCGGCUCCGGGCAGAGACCCCCACUACCAGGAUCCCCACAGCAGCGCAGUGGGAAACCCUGAAUAUCUCAACACCACCCAGCCUCCCUGUCCCAAUGGCAUCUUUGACAGCCCCACCCCCUGGGCCCAGAAGGGCAGCCACCAAAUGAGCCUGGACAACCCCGAUUACCAGCAAGACUUUUUUCCCAAGGAUGGCAAGCUGAAUGGCAUCUUCAAGGGUCCUACGGCUGAAAACGCAGAAUACCUAAGGGUAGCACCACCAGGCCGUGAAUUUACCACAGCGUGACCUGGAGGACAGCACUGGCCACGGCGUCCAGACCUCAGACACCAGGGCCAAGGCACAGCAGCUGCUCCAGCCCUGCAUUUGCCAUACUUGAGCUGAGUGGCCCCUCCUGGAACCUGGAAGGGCACACCCCUGAGGUGUGCUUUGGGAGGCUGCAGGUACGUUCCCUUGUCUGAAGACGGAAGCUUCCACCAAAGGGCGUCUAGCAAGAAUGAUGUUCCUUUCUGGCGCUAAGGGAUAUUUGAAAAACAUGAACAUCCUUGGGCACUUUCUGCUUGGGGACCCUUGGGUGUUAAUCGGUGUUGAUUGCAAUGGAUGCCUGCAAGGAGGGAGCUCUCGUGUGACACCUGCAGCACGAGGUGAUCCAGGCCAGCGUGCACAGGCCUCCACCUUCCAGCCAAGACCAGAGCACUGGCACUUCUUCAAGACACUGCCAUCACAAGCAGACUGAAUAUUCAGGAGACCCCCUGGCCUGUGUGAACCCGUGGCAGGUACAGCAGGAAAAGCCACUUUGUCUCCCUGCGGGUGAGGAAGACGGGUUCUUUCUCACACUCACCUGUGUAUAAAUGUCUCCGUGGUUCGCAGUCCCCAGUAGCUCACCUGUGCUGUGUGUGUGUUGGACUUGUUUAUUUUCCCUUCCACUGUUUCAGAGCUCAGUAUACUUUCCCUUUGUGGCAGGGAAAAGCCCAUUUGACUCAUCAGUGUCCAGCGCAACAGCUUUCAGUUAGAGGGAAUAAUGCACAGUGCAUAGCCCCUAAACCCCCGUGUCUGACAGACGCAAGUUCUGUGGGCACCUGCUGCAAGGCCUCAGAAAUGAAGCUGCUCGUCAGACCCUGUCAGCCUUUAUCCUCUCCCCUGCCAAGUUAGUUGAGGCUCCUAGCAGGGGAUUUUCAUUUCCUUUUACUUUGAACAGUUGUUUUGCUCAAAAGAAUCUGUAUCCCUCCAUGGUGAACUGCCCCAAAGGCCCUCCUCUCUCCUUGACCUGUGUAAGAAGGGUUUUAGGCCUGAGGCCACUGCAGGCACUGACUGCCCUCUCCAGAGGGAGGAAUGCAUUUUGAGUAGCAUGGGAUUCGAGUGGGGAAUAGGAAAUCAGAAUUUGAAGUUCAUGAUGAAACUUUCACAACACCUACGGAUAGCUUAAAGAAAAUAAAUUUCCCUACUGAAAUAAUUUUGCUGUUCUUGGAGGGUCCGCUCUUGAUGUCAGUGCAGCGCACGCUCCAGAUACUUAUUGGACCUCUGCUGCCCAGGUAGUCAAGGAGAGAGUGUUUCAGGCAGGAUUUUCAGGCUGCAGAAGAGUUAUGCCACACACACACAGCUUCCUUGCACCUAAAUCACACAUCUCUCAAGUGGGUCAAGGCCUCACACUUUUAUUACAAGAAUACUUGCUUUUGUCUCAGUGGAAAUAAGACUAUGUUCAGGUCCAUCCAUCAUGCUCUGCAAUAUGGUACCUGCGUCAGCAGUGAAGACACAAAAAUGAGUAAAAUAUAGCCCUGCUCAUGCGAGCUGUGGGGCUGGAGCUAGCUGUCAGGCUCCAAGGCGCAGUUGUCAGGGGCUGCUGUGCCUGCCAGAAGCCUCUGCAAGUCCCUGGUCCCUGCCACCAGCAGUUUAUCCUGAAAAUGCAAAUGCCCCAAUCUGAGCCUGGAUGGAGCCCUGGGACACUUUGCAUUCCUGAGAAGUAGGUUAUAAAAGCAUCAGCCCCAGCUUGGCUGAGCUGCUCCCCUUUAAGUGGAAUUGCCCUGAAGGUACUUGCGGGCUCUUCCCUCUGAUAAGCACAUUUUUUAUAUGUCCUUACCUAUAAACCUAUGAACAUGAGCCCCUGCCUUUUUUCCCAGCCACACCUCUCAUGCCUAUUAGAGAAACAUUCAAAUGGGAUUUUUAACACAAAUCUAUUUUUGUAACUUUUCUGUGGGAUAUUGUCCUGUUAUGUAGCACUGAACUUUGUAAAGUAUAUUUUUAGGAAACUCAUUUUUCUACUAAAACAGUUUAGGAAGUCUGCAACAGCAUCGAAAUUUGGAACUCAGAUCUGUGUUUAAAAGAAUGAGAUACUUAGAAGUAAGACUGUUCUCCCUGUGCAGGGCACUGCCUCGCCACAGAGCAGAGCUGGCUGCUGGUGUGGUGAAGAGCAGAGUUGUUGUUUCUGUAAUAUUGUAUAAGGUCAGACAGGACAAGAAGCAGCCCAGCGUAGUGCUGGUCCACCUGGGGCCGUGUCACGGAAAGGGGCAGCUGUCUCACCUGGGAGAGCCCAGCUCCUCGGCCAGCUGGCCCCUGUGAAUGUAAGAAAGGCAGCGACAGACACUUUGUUGGUUGAUUUAGUAUACUGCCAAGGCAAAUGAUUUUAUUUUUGUAUUUACAAUUGAUAAUGCAUUUACCAGUAUAGACUGGAAAUAUCUCGAGAGCCUACUAAUGAUCACCAUAAUUUUGGUCACUUGGGAUUUUGAGGAAAUGCACCAGCAGUGCCACCAGCUCCAUGCAUGGCCACCUAGAGAGGAGCCUGUGAGCCCUGGCUGCAGUGACAUCACAGGGGACCUUUCAGAGGCCUUGAACCCCAGCUGUACCGGAGCCCAGUGAAACACGGUGAACCUCUAGGGGUGAGACCUGGCAUCUGUGUUUUUGCAUGCUCAGGGAUUGCCAGUCGGGAGACUUGGACUUGCAGGCAAAUUCUGAAGCUGUAGGUAAUACCCGGGCCCAGAGGACUCUGAGCCACCCAGACCUCAGCAUCUGCCACUGGGAAUCAAGAGUUGGUCAGGGCUUCCCUGAUGGGUGCCCAAGCACAAGAGGAGACAAUGUCCAGCCAGGGGAGGAAAGCAAAGGAAACAUAAAACAGACUUCUUUUCCCAUUUCCUGAGCUCGCUGCCUCUGUCAGAGGUGGUUUGGAAGUAAGAUAGCAAUAAUGAAUACUCUUGAGGCCUGUGCCGCCAGGGCCGUUGUUGGGAGUGAAAGAAGGUUGACUGUCAGUCACGGUACAAAGGGCAGACUGGGAGGACUGCACCAGGAGUUGGUGGUUCAGAAAGAAGAAUCCAAGACCAGGAUUCUUGCUUGAAGAAGAAUUGUAUUUUUUCAAAAGUUGACCUGAGCUAAGAAUGGCAUACAGGCUGUAUCUUCCUCUGCCCAGCCACAAUGCGGCCCCUGAGCUACUGCAGAGGGACUGAGCCUCGCCCUGCCACCUCGAAGGCGACUUUGCAAGGGAAGCUUACACACAGAUGUUUGCAGGUGUGUUCGCUUACUCUAAAAAAGGAAACCCUGUUGGCCUGAUCUGCCUACAGAAUAAUCUUGCUGUGACAGACUCUUGGAAAUUCAGAGGCCCCAUGGAUCUGGGGAUGCUGGGAGAGAUUGUGAUGUGACGGAUUAGCUACAGACAGCAGUAACUUUACAGCUUCUACAUGUGGUACGUUUUAAUCUUGUAAAGUUUUGCAAUGAUGAAAGCAGUGUUUGUACAAAUGCAAGGUAAGAAUCUUUUUAUAUGGUUUAUACUUCUGAUCAGAACUUGUUGAUUGUAUAUUGAGCAUUAAAGAACAGCUGUAUAUUAUUCAUUGUUCUUUACUCAUCAAUACCUUACAAUAAGAAUGUAUUAACAAUGCAAUAUUGAUAUUAGUUAUUAAUCACCUCUGACCAACUGUAGUUCUUUCCUGAUAACUUUUAAAAAUAAAUAAAGUCUAUUUUUAGGGCA